GACGCCGACCUCGGCUGCGGCCCACGGCGCUCAGCUGCGAAGGAGGAUGGAGGGCUCAAGCAGGCUACUCCGCGGUUUUCGAGAGUCUUUCUCAGGUCAACACGCCGCAUGCAGCAUGCCAACGUCGUAGGAGAAGGGGGAGGCGGGCGUUGAAGCGAGGAGGCGUGUCUGGCCCGAAGCUUUAAGUUGCAGGUUGCAGGACGCAGGACGCAGCGGGGCAGCGUGCCCUCGCGCCUGCAUGCUGCCCCUUCCACCUUGCCGCUCUCCCGCUCGCAUGAGAAGCCUGCGCUCUGCCACCUCCGCGGCAAAGCAAAGACGCCGCAUCCUCUGCUCCCCCCGUUGCCGUGGACGCAGGAAGCUGAGCUUGAGACCGUGCGGUGUCCUUGCUCGAUGCCGCCGGCUCCAGCAGUCAGCAUCGUGCCGACCCUCUUCCCCUCACGGCACGUUUGCCCGUCUCUCCCCCUGCCGUCUUGGAGAGCCGACGUUGCAACCCUUGCGGCAUCCGCUGUUGCCCGCUCGCAACUGCCUCCCGAGCGGCUCAUCGCAAGUCGGCCGCCUCUGCUCCUCGCUGCUUGAGCGGGCGCGCGCCUCCGACGAUUCGCUUGGCGAACGCUUUGGCCGCAUGCUAGACGCAUGCACUUGCCCACGCUCUUCGCAAUGGAGCGCAAGCGUGACUGCACUGCACAUGCCUCGCAGCGCUGAAGACGCAUGCUGCCGAAGCUCUCGUGCGAUGCUAGGCAAGCCCUGACAGCUGCGUGCCGCGUAGCCUGGGUUGGAGGAUGGAGGGCGCCUGCCGCGUUGGGCAAGAAGGCGUGUGCUGAGACAGAGAGAGCUGCCCGGCGCUGCGUCUCUGCUGCUGCAGCUGUGUGCUGAUGCUGGCUGUGAGCGACGAUCUCGGCGCUCGGGUCGGCGGCUCGGCGCAGAUGCAGGCUGCAUCUGGCUCAGGCUCUCACAGCCGCUGCGGCGUAGGCGGCGCGGCCGCAGCGCCAACGCGUCGCGCGCCUCGCGCAAGGGGCCCAC